AUGAAAACUUUAAAAGUAUUAUAUUUUUUUAGUGUUUUAUACUUUAGCUUAUGGAUGACACUUUUGUAUAAGGUUAAUUUAUUUGUAACUAUAUCUAAUGACAUAUUACAUAAAUUUGAUUUAAAAGUAUGUCAUAAAAAAGAAAGAAAUCUUGCAGAAGGUAACUCUUCAGGAUUAAAUAGGAAACGUAAGUAUGAUUGUUCAUUGACAUGUGAUGAAUCUUUAUCCCUAUCUGGAGUUAGUGAUGUAGAAUUUUUAUCUCUUAAGUUAUCAAUGCAAAAGGUAGUUGAUAGUUCCGGGAACUUAGAUGAAGAUGCUAUAAGUAACAUUAGACUUGUUUAUAACACAGUUUCAUCAGUGUUUAAGAUUUAUAGAAUUGAAUAUUCAGAAGAAAAAGCGGCAAAUAUGGCAUUAAGGAUAAUUAGUCGUCUUAGGGAAAUGUUUUCAGAUGGGCCUUUAACAAAUGAUGAAAUUAAUAGUAGAUUAAAAAAUUACAUGCUUGAGAAUGUGUUAUCAUAUAAUUUACUAAAAGAUGCGAGUGUUCAACGUAAUGAAGAAGAUAGAAAUAGUGUUAUAUGUAAUAUAGAUUAUAUAAAAAGAAUGAUUAUUACUACCUUUAAUCUUUCACAUAUAGUGUUGCAAGAUAAUGUAGUAACUGAUAUGGCAUUUAGGAUAAGUGAAAGUGUCCAAGACUUAUUUGAUGAACUAUAUCCAAGAGAAUAA